UUUCCCUGCGGCGAGACACCCAGUCCCUGCUGGCGCCGACGCCAUGGGCCGUCGUCCCGCCCGCUGUUAUAGGUACUGUAAAAAUAAGCCGUAUCCAAAGUCCCGUUUCUGCAGGGGAGUUCCUGAUGCCAAGAUACGAAUCUUUGAUCUUGGUAGAAAGAAAGCAAAAGUGGAUGAAUUUCCACUGUGCGGUCACAUGGUGUCAGAUGAAUAUGAACAGCUGUCAUCAGAAGCCUUAGAGGCCGCUCGGAUCUGUGCCAACAAGUACAUGGUGAAGAGUUGUGGCAAGGAUGGCUUUCAUAUUCGUGUGCGGCUACAUCCAUUUCAUGUCAUCCGCAUCAAUAAGAUGUUGUCAUGUGCUGGGGCUGAUAGGCUCCAGACUGGCAUGCGGGGAGCUUUUGGGAAGCCCCAGGGCACUGUAGCCCGUGUGCACAUUGGCCAAGUUAUCAUGUCGAUUCGAACCAAGGUUCAGAAUAAAGAACAUGUGAUUGAAGCUUUGCGGAGAGCCAAGUUCAAGUUCCCUGGCCGCCAGAAGAUCCACAUCUCCAAGAAAUGGGGUUUCACCAAGUUCAAUGCUGAUGAAUUUGAGGAUAUGAUAACUGAGAAGCGACUCAUUCCUGAUGGCUGUGGGGUUAAGUACAUCCCCAGCCGGGGCCCCUUGGAUAAAUGGCGGGCACUCCACUCCUGAGGGGUGUGUCCUGUGAUGUCUACCUUUCCACAGGCAUAAAUAAACUAGAUACUGCUAAAAAAAAAAAAAAAAAA